CAUACAUAUACUGUAUACGUAUCCAGGGUGCCUAACUGGUCUUCAGGCUUAAAUAGGCUGACUGAUCACGCCAUCUGUUGAACUGAUGUUGGCAUACAUACGCCUCAUAGUAAUAAGACCGCUGCUAUUAUUAUUUUCGUUAGAGAAGAUGGAGUCGCGGCCCACACCUCCAUCACAACGGCUUCCUCGCACCUCUCCAUCGCGACUCCAAUCAGCCAGCAAGCCAGCAUCCGCCGAGGCCGACCCUUCUCUCUCCCAAACCCUCUCUACCAAACCGGCCUCUGUCCAGCAAGCCGAGACCGUGCUCUACCUCGCCUAUGGCUCCAAUCUCUCCACCGAGACCUUUCGUGGAUACAGAGGCAUCACGCCUCUCUCCCAAAUCAAUGUCUACGUCCCCGACCUGCGACUCACCUUCGACCUUGCGGCCGUCCCAUACCUAGAACCCUGCUUUGCGGGCACCCAGUACCGAACAGACCAGCAGAACCCGAACACAGCAUACACCGACGAGAAGACGCCGCUCAGCGAAGCCCAUCUCCUCGACUCCUCAGACAUCGAGAAAACACCGCUCGUGAACCCUCCUCCCUAUGGCGGCACCGACUACCAUAAAAACCGUUGGCACAAACCAUUGAUCGGCGUGGUAUACGAAGUGUCACUGAAAGACUACGCGCAUAUUAUCGCUACUGAAGGCGGGGGCAGCGGCUACAAGGAUAUCGUGGUAACCUGCCACCCAUUCGCAGCGGACUACAACCCAUCGCACCCGACGCCCACGCACCCGUCUACAACGCCCUUCAUGGCGCAUACGCUUUUGUCGCCGUGGACACCGGAUGGCGCGCACGGCGACGACCCCCAUAUCCGGCCCGACCCGGCGUAUGCGCAGCCGUCAGCGCGGUAUCUGAAGUUGAUAAUGGACGGCGCUGCGGAGCUGGAUUUGCCAGAGGACUACAGGGCGUAUUUAGCUGGGAUUCGGCCGUACCAAGUGACGACGUGGCGGCAGAUGGUGGGCAGGGCUCUGUUUCUGGGGACAUGGGGCCUGUUGACGCUUUUCGUCAUGGUUUUGGCGCGGUGGUUGGCCGAUGAAAAAGGGAUUAUGCCACCGUGGGUUGCGAGACUGCAAAGGAGGUGUUUGCGGGGGAUGUGGAAGAGUUAUGAUGUUUCGUUUCGGAGGGUUUUUGGGGAUGGGGAGCGGACGAUUGGAGAUGUGUCGGGGAUUUAAUAGAUAAGAUACAGUGAUAUGGUAGGAGGAUGUGAUGAU